AUUCACCUAACUUUAAUAGAGGCCUUAUGUGGUGGAAGUUUAAUUUUAUUAACUGAUGCAAAGAAGCCAUCCACGAAUAAACGAAAAAUGAGUGAAGAAGUAGUACAAACUAACAGUGGCUGUGUUGAAGCAUUAAUGUUUGAUGGAAGUAAGAGAGAGGACAAAAGGUGCCCUAUCUACAGAAGCUCUGCCGGUGAAAUCUUUGCAACCAGGAUAAGAACGCAUGAGAUCUCUGAAGCUGAGAAGCAGCAAGCAACUCUUACAAAAUUAGAAAAUUCAGCAAGAAUAAUACAAAGAGCAUGGAGAAGAUAUAUUGACAUACAGCUGUUCAUGCAUUAUAAGAAUAUGAUUAAUUUCAGAGGGAGAGGAAACCCUCAAUGCAUGAUGAAAUGUAUUAACCCCAUUGAGGCAGAUUUCUUGGAUAGGGCUGCUGGAGUUUAUGUCCGAUUCAGACUCGGGGGAGAAACCUUUCCUCCAAAAAUCUACUACAAAAUAUUUACCCACCGUCCGAUUGUGGAUUUGUGUGCAAACAGUCCUAAAGAUUAUACUAAUCCUGCAGCCAAACAGAAAGUACCAAGGCAAGUUCAUAACCGAAAUCCUAUUCAGAAAGAUGAUCGCAGUGGAUGGUACAAACGAAUGGAGAAUAAUGACUGGAGAAGUCUUUCAGACAAGUACCUGGGAACCACAACAGAUUACAUGCAGUUUGAGCCAAACAAAAAAACAAUAGCAUUUCAUCAUUCCAUAUCCCAGAGAAGACAGGAUGUUAUGAGAAAGAAAAAGCAAAGAAAAGUUGAAUGGAUGAAAAAGAUGUACCAGGAGGGCAUGCUGCAGGCCCAGACACUGGAUCCAAAUAUGUCUAUUUUAGUGCAAAGAGCAACAGAGGGAGUAAUCAACAGUAUAGAACAAAAUGGCCCAAAUGCUGUCCUAGAUUGGGAAGUGGAUGAACUUCUUGAAUGGACCAAUGCACUGAAUUUUGAAAAAUACUUAAAAGAUUGGAUGAAAAUUGCAUGUAGCAACUCUUCUGCAGCUUACUAAGAAACGAGGUGUUGCCAGUCGAAAAAUGAACCCUGCAAUCGUCUAUUUUUAAUGAUCAAUGAUGUGCUAUGGUGGAGAAAUGUUCAACAUAACAUACCAGUUAUUCAAGAAGAAUCAAUGAGCAAUCAAGUUAACUUUUGAAUAAAGAAAGCACCUAAAAUGCAAUUAUUUUCUUGGAUGAAAACCAUGGCACCAAUGAAUUAUUUCACUACUAUAAGCACUCAUGUAUAACUUGUCAUCAAUUUACUUAUCAGCAAAUAUUCUUACUAUAAAAUGAAAUUGAAGAAUGUCUCAGCUUUAGCUCCCAGGCCUCAGUUUCAUCUGAUGUCAAGCUGCUCUAAUAGUUUCACCAAGAAUAAGGAAGCCAUCCUCACAAUUAGUUCCUCCCAACAUUAUGCUAAAGGGAAAUAAUAAAAUAAAUAAGAACAAAGAUCAAUUCAUGAAGGGCCUCUAUCAAACUGCGAGGAUUUUCACUUCCUCACUUGCUCUAAGCGCUGAAUGUUUCAGCUUACCAGUUUAAAUUCAAACAAGAUAUACUAGUAAAUAUAUUCUAUCAAAAGUGAUUGUUGCUUCCUGAUCACCUAAUUAUAGACAAUAGGUGCAGAAGUAGACCAUUCGGCCCCUCAAGUCUGCACCGCCAUUCUGAGAUCAUGGCUGAUCAUUCACUAUCAAUACCCAGUCCCUGCCUUGUCCCCAUAUCCCUUGAUUCCCCUAUCCAUCAGAUAUCUAUCCAGCUCCUUCUUGAAAGCAUCCAGAGAAUUGGCCUCCACCGUCUUCCGAGGCAGUGCAUUCCACACCUCCACAACUCUCUGGGAGAAGAAGCUCUUCCUCAACUCUGUUUUAAAUAACUGACCUCUUAUUCUCAAUCCAUGCCCUCUGGUACUGGACUCUCCCAACAUCUGGAACAUAUUU